AUGCAUCGGUACGGCGACACAAGCGUACUGCAAAACAGUCUCAUUGGUUUUGGCUUCAGAGAGCGUGACAUACGCUUAAUGGCUACCAAGGAGAACGGCUUUGAAGUGCAACUGCCGCGGAAGCUGACGCCAGGUGAGAUGGAAGAAAUACAUCACGCUUUCCAAAUGGCGGAAAGCCUGCGAGAAGCAGAGGACGACAACUCAGACGAGUAG